UUCUCUUCUCUUCUCCUUCAGCUCCCCCAACAAUUGUUAUUCUUUUCAAAAUUGCUUCUUCUCCAAUUGGCUCCCAGAACUAAUCCCAGGUGACUCUCAGUACUGUUGUUGCUGUUGAAGAAUAAGCUAUAAAUCAUGGACUUGCAGCAAAAAGAUGACCCUCCUAAAUCCUCAGUUAAAGAAGCAAUGACUGUGUGUCAGCAUUUUCUGUUGAAUUUCAUCAUGGGAAAUUACUUGGGUCCUGAUAUCAAGUUUGAUAAGGUAAGAUACUCGGCAUAUCAAAGAUUAGCGGAAGGUUCCCCUCCGUAUGAGUCGAGAGAUUUGGGUGCUUCAUAUGUUAGUGUGUCUCUGUUGGAGAGUCUAUAUUACUAUAUCCUGAGAAAUGCUCAACCUAGCCUGGUUCUGAGACCACAUAUGUUGCAUAAGUAUUUGAAGGGCAGCCUACCUUUGUCGAGUCCGCAGUUCCUGGAUAUUUUCCCUUUGAAUCUUCAUCAACAGAUAUGGUAUCCGGAAAGCUUCAGAAUUGUUAAGGGGAUUGUGAUUAUUGAUGAUCCUGUUACCUCAUAUAUGAAAGAAGGUGAUCUAGAAAAGUUCAAAUCUUUGUGUGGUUUGAAUAGCCUGAAAAUUGAUAUAGAUGAGUCUAGAAAAUAUCAACAUGAGUAUCAGAAUGGCAGGAAAAAUGAGCACAAUUUCUGUAAGGACAGUGAUGAGGCAGGAUAUGUUUCCAAUGGAAAUGGUAAUUCAACUGAUAGGUUUCAACAAAAGUAUAAAAGGAGGUGCCACUCUCGUCCUCCAUCAGUUCCAGUAAUUCCCCUGGUUGUUACUUCAUCAGAAGGCACAAAACAUUGUGGAAAAGAUGAACCUUCAUGGAGUACCUGCAAACCAGAAGGACCGCUAAUCAUGCCCCAUCUGUCUGUUCCUAGAAUGGAAGCAUCUGUUUCAGAUCCAUCUAUUGUUUUGUCUGGGACGGUCAAGAGAGGGGUUGUAGGACCACCAAUUGGUGCUGUGGACAUUGGGAUUAGCAAGGUGGCAUAUUAUUUCCGGGUAUCUCUACCAGGAAUCAGGAAGGAUUUUUGUCAAUUUAGUUGUGAGAUCGAACCCAAUGGGAAGGUUCAUCUUGAAGGCUUCACAAGUGGUGGGAACCCCAUAAAGAAACGGUCACGUGUUUUCCAAAUGAAAGUGCAGCAAGUGUGCCCUCCUGGACCAUUCACACUCUCCUUCAGUCUUCCGGGACCUGUUGAUCCAAGGCUCUUUGCACCUAACUUUGGAUCAGAUGGCAUCUUUGAAGGAGUAAUUCUAAAAGAGGAGUGAUAUCUGAUGCUCAGUCUCAUUCUUAAGGUAGCAAGAGUUGACAAAAAGGUUAGGAUCUUCUUACUAGACUAAACUUUCAACAUUUUUCUGCUAGCAUGUGAAUAGUGUAGAAAAAAAUUGGUUGCUGAAGUUAGUGUGAGAUACUUACUGCAAAAUGCAUGCUGCGUUCUCUUCCUUAUUCUCAUCUAGACAUGCAUGCAUCCA